AUGGGCACAUACACCACACCCUGCACACCGCAGACCCCCAGCGACGACAGCGGCAGCUUCCACAGCCUCCCCAGUAUAGUGCGUAUGCAGAGCAGUGGUACCUCUACCACAGCUACUACAGAUGACAGUCAGGUGUCGUUGGUAGAGGGAGAGGAUGGUGAAAGCAGGGUGAGCCUUGCGCGAGGAUGUCAUACUACGGUACACCGGCUGGAGAAGCUGAAGCUACUGCUGAAGAAAGAAGAGUUCAAGCUCACAUGGCUGCUAAAUACGUUUACUGAUGAUGCAGAACACGCAAACGCCGUAAGGAAGUCGUCUAAUCUGCGCAUGGCACAGUGUGAUCUCAACGUACAAUCGGCGGAGGACCAAGCCCUACGAACGGCAAAGCAG